UGAAAGUCCUCUUUUUUUGCAUUUUAGGUUGUGUUUCUACGGUUAGUUCGAUAGGGAAUAGUUCGGGUGGAACUAUGGAUGGAUCUGAAGCAUGGGGCUACAUUGAAGUUCGUCCUCGGGCACACAUGUUUUGGUGGUUAUACAAGAGCCCGAAUCGAGUCGAAGAUCCGUCCAAACCAUGGCCUACAAUUCUAUGGCUACAAGGAGGCCCUGGUGGGUCUGGGGUGGGAUUCGGAAAUUUUGGGGAAAUCGGACCAUUGGAUGUCAACUUGAAGCCCCGAAAUUCAACAUGGCUUCAGAAGGCUGAUCUCAUGUUUGUGGAUAGUCCGGUUGGGACCGGAUUUAGUUAUGUUGAGGAUGACAAGUUGUUUGUGAAAACCGAUGAGGAAUCAGCUAGAGAUUUAACUACAUUGUUGAAGGCAAUCUAUAAGGAAAAUGCGACACUUGAAAAGAGUCCACUUUAUAUUUUUGCAGAAUCGUAUGGAGGGAAGUUUGCAGUUACUCUUGGACUUUCAGUUCUACAAGCUAUCCAACAAGGUCAACUACAGUUACAACUUGGAGGUGUUGCUUUGGGCGAUAGUUGGAUUUCUCCAGAAGAUUUUGUGCUUUCAUGGGGUCCUUUACUCAAAGACGUGUCAAGAAUUGAUGACGUUGGUUUGAACAAAUCAAAUAGUUUAGCUCUAAAGAUACAACAGCAACUAGCCGACGGUCAGUAUGAAGCCGCAACAAGUUCAUGGUCCAAACUUGAGGGAGUUAUUCUUGGUUACAGUAACAAUGUGGAUUUCUACAACUUCAUGUUGGAUGAUGGAGAUAGUUCGGUUAUAGCAAAUACAAAAGCAUCACAACUGCAAAAGAAGCCGUAUGCCAUGAUGUCAGAAGCUGACGGUCCGGACCUUGACAAAGUCAUGAAUGGUCCGAUUAGAAAGAAGCUCAAAAUUAUUCCCGCAGAUGUAACAUGGGGAGGGCAAAGUGACGGUGUGUUUUCGGCUAUGGAAGGCGACUUCAUGAAACCGAGGAUCGCUGAGGUUGAUGAGCUUUUGUCAAAGGGAGUAAAUGUGACAGUAUACAAUGGCCAGGUCGACCUAAUAUGUGCAACCAAGGGAACAGAAGCUUGGAUUAACAAACUCAAGUGGGACGGUUUAUCGACGUACUUGAACUUAGGCCGCACUCCACUCUAUUGUGGCAAAGACGAAAGCGCCACAAAAGGAUUUUUUAGGUCACAUAUGAACUUUGCAUUCUACUGGAUUCUUGGAGCCGGUCAUUUUGUUCCUGUGGAACAACCAUGUGUUUCCCUAGAAAUGGUGGGAAGCAUCGUGAAUUCGCCCAACGUUUAACUAUUGAUCAUCUGCCACCAACAAGUUUUGAGGCCGAUCCCUAUCGCUCUCUAACCUCCUUUAAAACAAACUAAUAUGUUAAAAACUUCUGAUUGACAUUUUUACCUUAUUUUAUUCAUAUUAAGGUAAGGCUGGUUAAUUAUGUAAGCCAAUAAUAAUUAAGAAAAUGAAAACGAAGAAUUAUUAUUCUAGA